UCCUCUCUCUCUCUCUCUCUCUCUCUCUCUCUCUCAAUGGAGAUUCACUUGCAGAUGAAUCCCAAGAUAGGCGCAACGGUUCCAUUGGUUUACAAAGGCAGGAGUGGGCAAAAGAUUAAUAAGGUCAAAAUUAUAUCAUGCAGUGCUCAAAAGUUGGCCAUGCACAAACCAAAAACAAACUUUUAUGAAGUUCUUUCUCUUGGCUCUGAGAAUGUAGGGUUUGACGAAAUCAAGAAGGCUUAUAGAACCAUGGCACUUCAAUACCACCCUGAUGUCUGUCCACCCUCAACCAAACAAGAGUCCACGAGGCGGUUUAUCGAGCUCAGAGAGGCCUAUGAGACUCUGUCAGAUCCUAUAUCGCGCAGAAAUCACGAUUAUGAGUUGGGUUUGGUUGAUUCAUUAGGGUGGAGUGGCUUUUGUAUGCAAGAGAGAAGAUCAAGUUUUCCUAAGGAGGUAUGGGAGAGGCAGCUCAGUGGAUUAAGAGAGCGGUCCGGUGAUCGGAUGAAGGGUAGGAAGAGAGAUUGAUAUUAUUGUAAUUUUAUAUUUCAUUAUUUCAAUUGUUGAUAGUCCAUGUCAAGAUUGGGCCAUGAACUAAAAAUUGGUGACGUUUAGUAUUUCUCCUGUUUUAAUGUUUCUAAUAUUUUUGGGCAAUUAGUAAAAUAAGCUGUUUAAUUUCAUUGUAGGAAA